AUGUGUAUGGAUUUUGUAUGUUGCAGUUAUGGUGUGAGCGCAGCAGGGCCAGUGUGGUGGAAACACUUCUUGGGCCACUUCAAGAGCCCGGUCAAAGUAGAGGGCGACACGAAUCUUCGCACCAAAAGGGCUUCAGAGCUGCCUGUUCCAGAAAAAUACAACUUCCGGGACAUGAACCCUCGACUGAAAGAGAUUUUCCACCUGCUGGACAUGAAGGAGGCAGGUUGGAUCAGUAAAGCAGACCUCCAACAUGUUCUGGAAAGACCAGGGGAGACGCACUCCCAAACUCAAGGGUCAGAGAUCACAGAGCUGCUCAAUGCACAGGCCAUAGAACAAUCCGGGGUCCUGACCUCUGCUCAAACAGGCAACACGGCACUCUCCCCUGCUAAGACUGAAGACACUACUGAGAGGCAGAGCACACACCGUGCUGACGAACUGGCUGUGGGGUCUGCUUCUUGGAGAAGAGUGGAAAAUGUACUGCUGGACCAGCUGUGUGAGCAGCUCAGCUCAGUGCCAGCAGCUCUGAAGCUGUGUGACCCUCAGCUCACUGGUUACAUCACACAGCAAGAUCUGAAGAAGCUCUCAAGCUCUCAUGGCAUACCCAUCUCAGAGACGCACUUCAACAAGCCCUGCACAUCACCUCAGUGGACCCUACAGUCCGUCAGAGCUCAGCGACCUGCCUCCAGCCUGGAAUUCAGUGCAGACACAUGCAACAUCCUGGAUAUUGUUUUCCAGAAGAUGAGAUCAAGGCUAGAGGAGCGUGACAGCAGCCUGACCGACCGCAUCCAGGCCAUCACGCACAGUUCUAAAGGGACCUUGUCAGAGACAGAUAUACUGAAGAUACUAGAGGACUGUUGGGUCAUCUUGGACGAUACGACUUUCCACAAGUUCACUGAACUGCUUGGCCUCAGCGAUGGACGGAUCGAUCGCUCAGUGUUCUUGGUGAAGUACAAGGAGGCCACAGCCAGGGAUGGGCAGCAGCGCUCUGAGGGUCAUGGUGAUAAGGUUGAGGUAGACCCCCCGCUGACUUCUGCUGAGCAGUGCCUCGCUGCCAUGAACACCAGGAUCAAGAGCAUCCAUGGGAACAACCUGACAGCGUUUCGAGUGAUGGACAGGAAGCAUAAAGGAGUGGUAGACUGCCGUGAUUUCAAAGAGCUAUACAGCAGCCUGGGGUUUUUCUGCAGGGAAGCAGAGUAUCAGCGGUUGCUGGGCCUGAUUGGUUUGCAUCCUGGGGGCAACCUCAACUACACAGAAUUUGUUGAUGUUGUUGAGAAUAAUAAACAAGGGACACAAACAGCGUGUGUACAAGAGCAGCUCCAUGAACUUCUGGCAUCUGAAGCCCGCUACAAGUGGGCAGACAUGUCUAAGGUUCUCUGCCAGUUUGACACAGACAGCCAGGGUUGGAUCCAUAAGAAGAGCUUGAGGGAACUCCUCUUCACAUAUGCUCUCCCUAUAAGAUCUGACGAGUUUGACCAGCUUUGGUUGAGGUAUGAUCCUGAGGGACGGGGCCGUGUGCCAAUUUGUGACUUCUUAGACAAACUUGGGUUUCAUCAUGAAGGGGAGCUCAGACCUUGGAGGCAGAAGCUGAAGCAAGCUACGGCCCAGCAGAGCCCUGACAGACCAGUGUCCUCUGAUGCUGCGUCACUGGAGUGUAUUGAAGAUAUUGUGCAGGAGAACUUUAAGGAGUUGAGCGACACCCUGGCUCACCUGGAAACAGGGAGCGAUGGCACCGUGUCAGUGGAGCAGCUGCUGGGCCUGUUACAAACCUACAGGCCGUCCUUCAAGAGAAAGCAGCUCGAAAAUCACCUGCGCAGGUUUAAUGUUGGCAUGGAUGACAACAGGCUGGCUUACAUGGACUUCCUGUCUACUUUUGACCAUGAAGCAGAGAAGAGUUACGAGCGUCCUCCCGCCUCUCCUGAUGCUGUGAGACAGAAAGAGUCUUUGGACAGCCUCAGUCCAGCUGUGGCUCUGGCUAGGAUGCAAGAGCUAGUGACUGCCUCAGCGCCACAUCUGCUCAAGGCUUUCUCAGCCUUUGACCAGAGGGGGACAGGGACGGUGAAAGCUCUGGAGUUUCGUCAGGUGUUGGAUCAUUUUUGCGCCCGCCUGUCAGACAAACAGUACAGACACAUGCUGACCAAACUGCAGCUGGACUGUGAGACCUGCACUGUGAACUGGAAGGACUUCCUCAACAAGUUUCAAUCGGAGAGCCCAGUGAGUCAGAUCCCUGUGAAUGAGCAGAAGAAGCUGCAGUACAGAGACUUUUUGAAGCAUGUUUUUGCUUUGGGAAGGAUCCCCCGCACAGAAGCAGGGCGUCCCACUGACAAUGUCCCAUCGCCUUCCUGUGAGCCCAGAGAAAAAGCCUCAGCAACAAAAUCCGGUUCACCGGAGACUGCAGGUGCUUCUCUACAGCGCAUAAAGACCACCCCUGAGUGCACCUCCAGGCGUCCCUCCUCAGUUGGGAGGCCGGGAACAGGAAGCCCGCCGGGCAGCACGGGGAGGAGGCUGCGUGCCGCGGUGCAGCGCUGCUGGAAGGAGAUCCAGAGGAACUGUGCCGCGGAAGACCCUCAGCGAGGACACAUCAGCACUUCCUCCUUCCUCAAGAUCCUCCAUUCUCUCUGCAUUAAUAUGACACAGGAGCAGCUUGAGCACCUGACUGUGAGGUUUGACAUCAUCAACAAUGGCUGUGUUUCCUAUCAGAACUUCCUCCGUCACUUCCUCCUGAAUCUGCGACCAGGAGAGGGGAGGACUGUAUAUGAGCGACGGAAGUUGCCUCUUCCAAUUGCAUUGAAGAGUGAGGGUGUGCUGAGCAGGGACUGCGUGGAGGUCAUGCUGAGGAUCCACGAUGUGGUCCAUUCCUCCUGGACCUCCAUCAGACGCUGCUUCCUGACAUGUGACUGCCCCCGCACAGGAAGUGUCUCCGUGCAGGACUUCAGGAAGGUGCUGCGCCAUUUCAGCGUCAGACUUUCGGAGGAGGAGUUCUUCCACCUCAGCUCAUAUUUUGACGCCAACACCACAAGGAGGAUCUGCUACAACAACUUCCUUUGGGCUUUUCUUCACUGA